UGCACAUUAGUCAUCUCUGAGAUGGUCAAAAUCGCUUUGCUAAGCUUCAUUGAACUCUCUUGCACGCUAAGAGAGAGACACAGAGAAAGAAAGAAAAGAAAUACAGAGACAGAGACAGAGAUGGGUGGAGCCCAAGCCCUGAAGAGAAUCCCGCGCAUCAAAUUUCCUCAGAGACAUCCGAAACCUUCUGGUUCUGCAUCUGAGCCUCAAAGCAAUGCUACUAAAACAUUCUUCUCAGGUUCAAAGGGCUCAACAACUCUGGGAGGGAAAGCUUCUCUUCAGCCCAAACGAACACCUGUGUCCAAUGUAGAGAUUGAGGCUAUUCUGGUGUGUAAAACCGGCUUUCUAUUUUUUGCAAGAAUUUUCUACCUACUUUUCUUGUUCUCUCUUUUUCUGCAAUAAUUUUAUUAGCCUUAGUUCAGCCUGUCCUCUAACCAAAUUGCUAAGAAGUAUAGAAAAGUCAUAAACUAGAUGACAACUUUAACUUUACGGUAGAUGCCAAUUCUGUUUAAUUAGCAAUUCAGUAGAUUAGCAAAACUAGGACAUCUGCUUGUUUAUAAUUGCCCUUGAAAUAUUCAGUAGGGUGUUUGUAUAAAAAAUAUUGUAAGUUUAUUUGUAUUGUAGAGUGCUAUCACAUGAUAUUUUAAUAAUGUUGCAGACCCAUGAUGUCUGCAUAUCCGUACUGCAAGUGAACAUUCAACAGAAUGAUAACCGUAUAAUUUGUUUCUUGUA